AUGGAAGCAGCCUACCGGUCCCAGUUCCAACCCCAGGUCUUGACCUCCAACAUGGAAUCCCCUACCCCACCUGCCGACAAGCCGAAUGUCCAGAAACGAAGACACGCCCGUGCAGCCGCAACCUACCCUAAGAAGCGAGCCACUCAAGCAUGCCAAAGCUGUCGCCUUAGACGCACGAAGUGCGAUAACACUCGGCCCUCGUGUGCAUCGUGUGUGCGGCUCCGAGCGGAAUGUUCCUACCAGCAGAUUUGUUUGUCGACAUUUGAUUCCGCAAGUCUGAUGAUUCUGAAACGGAUCGAUGAUCUGGAAGCAAUGAUCCAGACCAAGGUCAACGAUCCACCCCUGGCGGCUCUGUCUAACGUGCUCCUUUCUACAUCGCCGUCUAGCAGUUUGCAUGAAAUUUGGGCAUUUGGUCCAGCAGAGACAAUGGAAACCAUUUUUUAUCAACAUUGA